UGUAAAAAAAUGUAAAUUUACCCAAGGAAUUUGCGGAUUAUUCUAAAGCCUACAAAAGAAUCUAUGUUAGACAGGCUAAAAUUACAUAGAUUAACAAUUUGAUAAGAAACUCAUCAAAGAAAAUGAGAUCGAUAUUAAGAGUUAUAAAGAAAGAAACCUGUAGCUCGAUACCAAAUAGAAAGAAUGUACCACUUACACUAGAGAGCUCAAAAGCAACAGACUCAAAUUCAAUUGUAAAAAACUUCAAUGAAUUCUUCAUAUUGCUAGCUGAAGAUCUCAUUCAAGUAAACAUAUAGGACCAGACCCUGUUUCUCCAGUAAACUGGUGAUCUCAGAUGCCUCUAUGAAAAAAUGGUUGUGCGGCAUUGAUGGGUGGGCGACCUCUUCUGGGGUUGUUUGUCUGCCUGAUGCAACUCUGUCUAUUUGGAAUCAUUUUAACAGCUUGCACAAUUUUGUGAUGAAGAUGAGACAAGAUGAUUAGGACAACACAAACACCUAGUCCCCAAGCAAAGAAAAUCUCAAAAGCCAGCUGGCAAUCAUACGCAGGACUCAGUGAUCAAGAAGCAGCAAAAAUGAGCUGUGGACAGGAUGCCUCUGUUUGACAAGAACAUGGAAUCUGCCAAAAUCUUAACACUGCUUCUGGUCUCUGCGACACUAUCAGAAGUGGGAGGAAAAAAUCUUAUUAUUGAGUGUGAAGAGGAUCAUGAAUGUGGAGAAAAGAAAUUCUGCUAUCAAACUGGCCUAUGUGCCCCCUGCACAAACUGUUCCACCUAUUUUAGGAUGCCACAUGAGUGGAAAUACUGUUCAAAAUCUCCAAAUGAAUGUGGACCGUGUCUCCCCGGUUAUGCAGCAGAUCCCCUGACAGAUGGCAGGGAGAGAGAGCUCUGCACACAAGUACAACAAUCAGAGGGCAGCCGAAGUAUUCCAGGUGACCAGUGGUCUAACUGGCUUUCUGGAAUCAUGGUGAUAGGAAUUCCAUUAGCAGUGUUAUGUGUCAUCCUGCUGAUCUGUUGGAAAACUGGCGCAUGUCGAAUCAAUAGAGGUGAAGUUCUGAAAACUGAGCGACCUUUAUCAGGACCUGUUAACAUGCGGCCACCACCUUAUAGCAGCUGUGGAGGAUCACCACUUCUAACAAGACAUACAGGUGAAUCAGAGUACUAUUGUGGCAGCGUGUGGCAUACUGAUCACAAGAUGAGUGGCAGCAGCUACCAUGAUAAAGAACCUGUGAAAACCAGUGUAGUGGAGAAGACCAUAGACGGGGUCCAGCAGGCUACGCCAUUUGAGUAUCAACCAGAUGAACUGCAAAAGAUUAAUCCUCAGUCAAGGACAAGAUCAUCCUGCCGACCAAAUGAUGCCUGCCGACCAAAUGAUGGGACAGAUCAUCAUGAUGAGGAUGAUGACAAUGAAGAUGGACUGAGUGUUACGUUCGACAAUGGGGUUAAUGAAGUGGAUCCCUGCAACUCUGGGUUAUCAAAUAAUACUGAACAUAUGGAGGUGGAUCUGAAUCAGAGUGAAGAAGCCGCAGCUCCCAAACAAGGGGACAUAAUGGUUGAAGCUGCGUGUAGGAAGUGUGCUUUAAAUAGGAAAACAGGCAGCAAUGAACACAUGUUUGAUACUCAUGGUUCUUUGUGUAACAUUGCCUUGAGAUCAGAUCAUUCUACUUAUAGCUUGUGUUCGGUGUCUGACAUAGAGGGUAGUUGUCAAGUACCUGUACAAUGCUCAUGUAAAAAGAAAAUAUUGAAAACAUUUUUACCAUCCAAAUAUGAUUCUGGAUUUAUUUCUAAGUCUUCUGUCAAAUUUGAGGAAUUACACGAUGAUACUUCUAGAGAAAAUACACAGACUAGAGAUAAACCACCCUCCACAGAGGGAGGAUCUAUAAAUAUUAAUCUUCCUGUAAAUAUAAACAUAUUAAAUCAUGUUAAUAUUUGUUGAUAAUGAUAGUGACAUGACCUAGUCAUUCACUUUCUUUGCAGCGAGUAUUUUUAAGUAAAAUAAGCACGUAUUGUAAUACAAUAUUGUGCAGCGGACUGGAUGGAAGUGCUCAAUGUAAUUGUCGUCUGUCUCAGUAAGAUUGUACUUAAUCCUUCCUGUGACUAUCAGUAUUUUAAGAUACUUUAUGUGUAUAUAUGAUUAUUGUACAGAACAAACAUAAAAUGUUUAUUAGUGUAUAGAACUUUUUAUGUUAUAUUGUUAUAGUUUUUUAAUUUUUUAAAAUAAAAAUAAGUUGAAUCGUG